UGAUUUGAACAGAAAUAAGUGAAGUUUAGAAGAACAAAUCCUUCCAGUUAAACACUUGAAACUGUUUGUGUGUACUGUCAAUGGCAAAAUCUUAGACACUUUCCAGUUACCAUUGCAACGAUCCUUUUGUUUUCUCACUACAGGCUCAUACCCAAUACCCACCCUGACCUAAGCCAUGAGUUCCGGGUCAAAUGAACGAAUGUUCCAGUUCAAAUAUGACCCAGUUACCGGGAUGUCAGAGUGGGUCGUUGUCGAAGGUGACGACAACCACGAUAACGUUGUACAACCGUCUUCCACCAUUGACUUGGGUACGACGUCGUAUCUGGACAUGCUUAAUGACAAUUGGAGAAACAAAGCAUAUCGCUUAGCAAUUGACAAAACUGUUACUCGACCUUGCUGUGUUCUUGACAUUGGUGCUGGUACCGGUUUAUUAUCGAUGAUGGCUGCUCGUGCAAUGGGUAUAGCUGACUGCACUUUGGCUAGUGGUGACAAAAGGAGGGUGAUUGCAUGUGAAUCUUACCUUCCAAUGGUGAAGUUGAUGAGAAAACUUGUGCAUCGCAAUGGUAUGGAGAGGAAAGUAACAGUCAUCAACAAGCGCUCAGAUGAACUCAAAGUUGGAGUUGAUAUCAAUUCUCGAGCUCAUAUACUUGUUAGUGAGAUUCUAGACUCAGAGUUGCUGGGAGAAGGACUGAUACCGACUUUGCAAAAUGCACACGAUGAACUAUUGGUGGAGAAUCCUAAAACCGUUCCAUAUCGAGCUAUUACAUAUGGCCUGCUUGUUGAAAGCAGAUUCUUGUGGAGACAACAUGAUCUCCAUAACAAUGAAGUCUGUUUAUUAGAUGGGAUUCGUCUUGUUCCAACUGAACUUAAUCCUGUUUUGAAUGUCAAAGCUCAGCAGUACCCUAUGCAUUGUGACUCAUUGGAAGAAGAACUAAAGACGCUUUCAGAGCCCUUCAAAAUUUUUGAGUUUGACUUUUGGAAACGGCCAGACAGUCAUGGGGAGGCUCAGAUAUGUAUAAAAUCAACUUCCACCGGACGUGUAAAUGCUGUUCUCUCCUGGUGGGUUCUUCAGCUUGAUCAAGAAGGAACAAUCUUUUACUCUACUGCACCAAAGUGGAUAAAGCAUUUACAAGCCGAUUUCUCAGGCGAUGGGGAGUGGUGUGACCAUUGGAAGCAGUGUGUUUGGUUUGUCCCAGGAAAAGGUUUGUCAGUAUCCAAGGAUGAAGAUAUUCAUUUGCAUGCCAUUCACUCAGAAAUCAGUAUUUCUUAUAAUUUGUGGGCUGAGAACCAAGGAACUAAGAUUCAUAGUAAUCACAGCAAUGAAUUUCAGCUUACUUUGUCACCAGAAAAGAUUGCAGUUUAUUCUGAUGAUUAUUGGAGACAUCAAGUAGUUUUAGCUGUACACAAUGCUUUGCGUAGAAAGGAUUCCCCAUUGUGUUUCGUUGUCGAUGAUAGUAUAUUUUUAGCUCCAGCCAUCGCUCAUCUUUGCAAGAGUUCACGCGUAAUGUUGUUGUUUCCUGGGUUGCGAGAGAGAGGUUUUCGGUAUCUCCAUUCUAUCGCUGAUACAAAUCAGUUUUCUGUGGACCGCCUGAAACUUCUUGACACCCAAAUAGACUGCCUGACGAUACAUGACACAGAUGGGAAAAAGAUUGACCUAUUGGUUGGAGAGCCAUACUAUUAUGGUUUUGAUAAUUAUCUUCCAUGGAAAAAUCUGCGAUUCUGGAAAGAAAGGACCAGGCUUGAAAGAAUAUUGUCCAAAGACGUCAGUAUCAUUCCUGGAAGAGGAAGAUUACGAGUUUGCGCCAUGUCUCUCCCAGAUCUCUGGAAAAGUCGUUGCAGUCUUGCAGAUAUUGAAGGGUUUGAUCACUCUGUUGCCAAUAACAUUCUGGGGGCAUGCGGCAACUUGCCAUCUCGUGAAGAGAGUCCUAUGCUACCAUUCUUUGUAUGGCAAUGCGGGGGGACUAAGGAACUGAGUGAGAGGUUGACACUGAUGGAAUUUGAUUUUACAAAACCUAUGAGCUCUUGCUCUGGGAAAGCAAAGGUUCGGUUUACGAAGAAUGGUACAUGUCAUGGUUUUGUUCUUUGGAUUGAUUGGGUUCUAGAUGUUGAAAAUGGCGUCGUUGUCUCAAGUGGCCCAGAUAAUAGAUAUUGGAAACAAGGAGUGAAACUUUUAAAGACACCGGUGACCGUUACCAAUCACGAUCAACACUAUUCUGAUGAACAUCAUUCAGUAGAAAUGGAGGCAAUUUUCGAUUCCACAAGCAGCAAUCUCAUUCUACAAUAUGAUUUUGUAUGAUGAAAAUACUACACUUGAUUAGACCUGUGUAAUGGGCCGGAUAAGGGCCAUAUGUGGCUCUAAUUUAAACAGGCCGGGUUGGGUCUUACAAAACAAAAUUGGGUUUUAGCGGCCCGGGCUUGAUGGCCCACCCGACCCAACCCAAUCCAUUUAGUUUAUUAUAAUUCUUUAAAUUUUCACUCAUUGUUUGGGACAUCGUCUGAAUGUUAGGAAUACGAUCCAUUGACAAGUCAAAAUACCCCUGCUCGCUUUAAUCCGUAUUAGGUGCGGUAAGAUCCAAAUUCUCGUCUUUCUCAUUCUUGUUCUGUGAAUCAUUCAUCUCAGCCUCUUCACUCAACUGGUUAGUAUCUGCUUUUGCUAAACUAAUUUCAUGUUCAUGGACAUUAUUAUUGUCCUCCAUAUUUCCAUCUUCACUCAAUUUGGUUUGUUGAGAUCAAUGUCUGUUGGUUCAAUAUAGGCCGCCUAUAGAUCAAUAUUUAUUGGAUCUGAAGAAAAGUAAAGCCUGUUAAGGUCCCGUCGAAAUAAGCUUCGGAAAAUUUUAAUUCUUAAAAUAAGCGUCUUUAUAUUCGAACCUAAGACUAGAUAUGUUAAUUGCUACUAACGACGAACAAAAGAGAGACAAUGUUAUUUGGAAGGGACAAAAAAUAAAACAACUAACAACAAACGUACAUGUUUUUCAUUCUUUUUUGUCCCUUCCAACGCAAGACAUUAUCUCCCUUUUGUGAAAAUUUGAAAAAAAUAAGAUAUUUCAAUAACUUUAAUAAAAAAAAUAAGCUUUGGCCAAACUUUAUUUCCAAAAUAAGCGUCUUUGGCCCCAAAGCUAGGCUCGGUUUGUAAUCGUUGUUACUAACAGUGAGUAUAAAGAAAUGGUCAAAAUUUUAGUCAAGUUAUAUGUCACUGUUACUAACAGCGAAAUAAGGCUUUGACUGGUUUGACUUUUAUUGACUUUUUUGUAUGAUUUAAACUAGCCGUUGUAAAAUUGAAAACUAGCCGUUAUGAAGUUGAAAAUAGCCGUUGUUAUUAUGUUCUAUAAAUAACUCUAUCAUUUCCCUACUUCAUUGUAUCCAAACUCCAACAUUCUUGUUCUAGUUAAUCGAUUUUGAAGGUAAUUUGAUAUGGAUUCGUUGAACAAGAAUGAAAUUGUGUUGAAUUUUCGAGAGCAUUUUCUCUAUUUAAAUAUAAGUGUGUUUGAUUUUGAUUUAAUUCAUACCUAAUUCUUGGCGGAAUGAUUCAUCGCCGAAAACUUUGAGCAAUUAACAUCAUUUUAUUCAUAAUAAACAUGUGAUAAUACGAUAAAUAUAUAUACACAUCUACAUAUAUAUUA